GAAACCCGCUUCAAACUACAUUUCCACGCGGAGGCUUGUGGAGCUUGUAGGAAAAUAGUGAUAUCUAGUGGAAAACUACAAAUCCCAGAGUACACCGCUGUCUGGCUUUAUACACUGUUCAUGGCGUCUGGUCGAAGGCUAAAGACAGGUCGCCUUCUGACAAACAGAUAGGCCGUUGACUUUAACGGUUUUGUGUUGACAGUCUCGGAGUGACACAAUGGAGGUGGAGAGUGUCGAAGUGGAAGGUGAGAGUCGUUUGACCAUGCUGAGGUUUGAGGCUGCCGUGAAAGUGAUCAAGAGUUUAGCCCCAGAUGGUCCCUUUCAGCCGUCCAAUGAUAUGAUGCUCAAGUUCUACAGUUACUAUAAACAAUCCACUGUGGGUGUAUGCAAUAUACCCCGACCUGGCUUCUGGGAUGCAGUUGGCAAAGCAAAAUGGGAUGCGUGGAAUUCUCUCGGAGAAAUGCCAAAAGAAGAAGCAAUGGCGGCCUAUGUGGAUGAAAUGAAGCUGAUCCUGGAGGGCAUGCCCAUGACUGACGAGGUGGAGGAGCUCCUGCGUGUCCUCGGCCCCUUCUAUGAGCUGAUAGAUGACAGGAAAAAGAUCACACAGAUAUCAGACCUCAGCUCCGGGUUGGGUACAAUGUUGAAUUCGAUGCCAUCGAAGAGCAUCUCGAAGAGCGUCACAAAGAGCAUCGUCAGAACGAUGGAAAUGAACGGCACCCUGGAAACUCGUCCUGCCAGACUGAAAUCAAAGGAAGUGAAGGAAAAGUCAGAGGAAGAAACACAGGACGAGGAGGAGGAGGACGAUGAGGAAGAGGAGGAUGAUGAUGAUGAUGAUGAAGAGGAAGAAGAAGAAGAAGUGAUGAAGGAGGUCAAAAAAGACAAGAAAUCAGUGGCUUCUCAACCAAAGAAGAAGGGUUCAGCCAGGAGACACAAAGGGCCUCUGUCCAACGGUAAAGUUGCCAACGGGGUUGCCCACCUGACCAAUGGGAGCCAUUCCAGGGCUGCCCUGAACAGUGACAACUGCCAGGAGGUGUCAGUUGGUGACCCUCUGCUCAAUGGUCACCACACUGAUCCCAGUGUAGAUGUGUCUGCUCCCAGCCACCUGGCCAGUGACUCAGACUCAGAAAUCUACUGUGAUUCUGUGGAUCAGUUCGGCCAGGAAGAGAGCUCGGAGCAUAACCGCUCUUUGGACGACCUGGAUGAAGACGAGAACCACGUCCUGCCACCUCUGGAGGAGCCCCAGGAGGAUGUUCACAGUGCACCGCAGUGCAUCACAUGUGGAGGAGAAGAUGGAGUGAACGACGGAACAACGUCGCAGAGACCGAGACUGAAUGCAGACAUGUCGAACGAUUUGGUCAGAAGAGAAAGGGGCUCCAAGUCUCCAAGACGCAGCUCUGGAUCUCUGAUGCCCAUGUACGGUGGUGGAGAUGGGGACGGGGAGCGCUGGGGAGGAGAAGUGACACUUGGGGGAAGCCUGAACGAGCAGAUAGUUGUGGUGUUGGCUCGACUGCAAGAGGACAUGCAGAACGUUCUGGAGAGGCUGCACACCCUGGAGUCUCUGACUGCUAGCCAGGCACGAUCAAUGUCUCUGUCUCCAACUUACGCAUCGACCCUGGUGAAUAAGAAGAGUCGGAAACCAUCCUGGUGGCCUUUCGACAUUUCUCCGACCAGUGUGGCCAUUGCUGUUGUAUGGCCAUUUGUGGUACAGUGGCUUGUUCGUCUAUACCUGCAGAGGAGGAGAAGAGGAAUCAACUGAACCUGCUCUCACCCAAACCCCCCCCCCCCCCCCCCUCCAUAGGAAUAGACGAUAAAGAGGAGUCCUCUAGAUGUCUUCGGUCGGGUUGCUAAUGGCUGUAACUCCCCCUUGCUUAGACCCACAGCCCAGUAAUUUGCUUUUGCACUAUGAAGAAGCACCCUAGAGUAAUGAGUGAGAGGGAGAUGACUCUCCAGUGUGUUGUACUGUGGAUAUGGAAUCAAAUAGAAACAUGAAUGUAUGGGGUCGCAGCCUGUGAUUUGCACAAGCUUUUGGAGACGACGCCACUGUACUGGAAUCUUUUUUUCAGUAAGAAAUGGAUUGUUUUCGAGCGGGGGAACUUAUAGAUUCAACGUCGUCAGCGUGUUUAUAAAUCUAAACUACAGUAGCUUCUCAAAUAUUUCCAUAACCAAGGCUUUGUUGCACAUAAAAUGGGCCUAAAACUUUGUAGUUUUAAACGUAACGCUUGAUGUGGUUUUACAUUUUCACGAUUCUCUUUUAUUAGUUGCCCAGGCAAUGCUGCUAUAAUUAAAAAAAUAUAUAAAAAAUUGUAAUGACUGUAGUUUAGAAGGGAAGAUUGAAUGUCAUAGUAUAUUGAUAUGAGAUUCUUUUCAAUUCUGAGAUUAAGUUAAUAUUUAUUGAUUUUCUUUAGAAAGUUACAAUGAAGGCAUUGCUGGCCAGAUUUCAUCUGUAUAAAUGAGGUUUAUGUGGCAACUAAGUGUUGUGUAUAGGUUAAACAAGGUUAUCAAUAUGUUCUCAUCACCUGUCCUGCGGCAAAUCAAUAUGUGCUUUAUGUGUAUCAAAUUGUUUUCCAAAUCUAAGAAGUGCCUCAUCAUUAUAAGGUACAUUAAUACUGUAGGUGGCAUUAUGGUUUGUUACAUUCACAUAUUGUAGCAUAAUUGAUCCUGUUGGACCAAAUUAACAUUAAUCAAACUACCUAGCCAUUAGGUGAUGAGAAUCUCUGACAGCUUAUUGUCUACUCAGUUAUCCAAUUAUUAAUACUUGUCUGUGUUUACGCUGUCAAGUUUUUCUAUAAUGUAUAAUUUUAAUGUGUGAUGUAAUAUGUUUGUACGAAUAGUGUGAGUGAUAGUAAUCAUGAUUUGUGUGCAAAGAAGUAAGAUCUGUGUAAAUUGUAUACAAUAGCUGUACAGUUCAGAUUAAAAUGCAGUAUUUUAAUUGCAUUAUCAUGUAUUAUUAAUAUAGAAUACUGUAUCAUUUACAAAGGUUUGCAUCUGCAAUAGCACUAAUCUUUCCAGAGCCAUUAUGUUUUAAUAAAAAAGUAAUAGUUUAUCUUUCUACUGAAAUGUGCUAAGGCUUUCUCGCCCUCUGCCUGUGGACAGAGCGGUGUAUGCAUGUGAUAAUACAAGCCUCAAAUAAAAGAAAUCCAAAUUUGUCCAGAUUAUUUCAAAGAAAUUGUGCGACAUUUCGUAGAAUAUUUAUGUUCAUGCACUUUCUGAGAGCUAAAUACUGGAAACUAUUUCAUGUGUGUAUGUGCUACAGUUAGCUUAGCUCAGCAAACAGUUAGCAUGGCUGGCUAUCAAAAGGUAACACAAUCGGCAGGACAGCGCCCGGCUAAAAAGAAUGCCCCGCACUUAACUCCUGUAUAGCCACUACUUGUUUUUACACUUUAAAUAGAUUUAAAAAACAAUUGACCUUUGGACAGAGCCAGCUAAGCAUUGUUAGCUAACCGACUGCUAGUCUUGCACAGCUCUCCACAGCACUAGAGCAACCUGCUACUAGCUGUAGUUUUAUGUUUAGCAUACAAGUGAGUGGUAUUGAUUUUCUCAUCUAACUUUCAACAAAAUAUCUAAAACAGGGGUGUCAAACUCAUUUCAACAAUAUUAUACCUCAGUUUAUCAUUUACACAUGUGCAUUACAACUUAUAGAUCACUGAUUCUUGAGAAUUUGGAUAAACAUGUCCCACUAAGGAAAGUAAUAACAUUUUCUCAUUUAAAAUAAUCAGGGUUGAUCAUCUGAGGGUCUUUUGCACAAAUGUAAAAAACAAUUCAUGUUUGUCUUUAAUUUGAUAAUUUAUAUGAUUAUAUGAUACCAAUACCAACUGUACUCCUGAGGACUCGCUGUCUCCACAUCUGCUAAAUGCUACAAGAGCAUUCAGGCUCCUGUAAAUUUGCUAUUUGUUCAAGAAUUUUUACAUAUUUAUUGAUGUUGCUCCUGUCACAACCAUGAUGUGUCAACACUGUCUCUUUUGUAAAGCAAUAAUUAUUUUAUAUUAUGACAAAUGUAUGCAU